AUGAUGCGAAAGAAGGAAAACGGAAACGAAUGGAAACAAAUAAAAAAUCUCGAGUCCCUCGAGGCCGAAAAUGACUCCUACAUCGAUGACCUGGAGGCCAGGGUCCAGGGUCUCAAGGAGCUGAGUCUGGCCAUGCGAGAUGAAGUGCAGACCUCCAACAGUCUUCUCGGCACAAUGGUGGGCAGCAGCAGCAGCAGCAGCAGCAUAAGCAGCAGCAGCAGGGGCAUCAGCAGCAGCAGCAGCAGUAGCAGGGGCAUGAGCAUCAGCCCGACUAGCGGGAGCCUCGGGACCAGCAGCAGCAGCAGCAGCAGCAGCAAGAGGUUGUGCUCGGGAGCCUGA